AUGUCGUCCGCCCCGUCCACCUCGUCCGCCGCUUCAGCACCCACAACCCGCUCUCGCACCCUUCUCUUCAUAUCCUAUCGCGACUCGAGCGCCCGCUCCUCGCGCUUCGCCCGCACAGCCCAUUACGACGACGCCCACGACGAGCGCGAGGGCCUCAUUGACGCGGGCCCCGGCCACAUCUCCCUUGACGUACAAUUGCCCCCCAAAUGGUACGUGGUUGACCUCGCCGAGCAGGUCGAGGACAUCCUCGCCGGGACACAGGCCAAAAUCUCCGCGCUGGACCGCCUGCACGCGAAACACGUCUUGCCCGGCUUCACGGACCGGACCACAGAAGAGCGGGAAAUCGAAGCCGCGACGUCCGAGAUCACCAAAGACUUCCGCCACUGCCAGUCCCUCAUCCAGCGCAUCCUCUCCGACGCCGCCCAUGCCUUCCCCCCCGCCUCCCUCGACGCCCAGCGUCACCAGGCCCUCGCCGCGAAGAACGUACAGCGCGGCCUCGCCGCAAAGGUCCAGGACCUCAGCGCCGCCUUUCGCAAGAAACAACGCGUCUACAUGGAAAAACUCCAGGGUCAUGCGAUCAAGAACCAGGACCUCCUCAUCGCGUCGGGCGUCACCUCCCUAAAGGGCUCAGAAGGCCUCUCGGCCGUCGAUGACGACGUCGAAGCGGCCUCUCGCACAGGCCAAUACACGUCUCAGCAGCUUCUCGAGCCAGACCUCGACCUGCGCGCCCGCGACCGCGAGCUGACCGAGAUUGCGAAAUCUAUCGGCACCCUCGCAGAGCUCUUCAAAGACUUGUCGGCGCUCGUCAUCGACCAGGGCACCCUCCUCGACAGCGUCGAGUACAACAUCGAGCAGACCGCCACCCACGUCAGCGAGGCCGCCAAAGAGCUCGAGGUCGCGACCCGGUACCAGAAGAACACGGGCAAGCGGAAAUGCAUCUUCCUCCUCCUGCUCAUCAUCUUCGGCCUCGUCGUCGUCCUCAUCUUCAAGCCCCGCAGCCACGGCGCCGUCGCCGCUCCCAUCGCUUCUCUCGCACCCACGCCGGCGCCCUCGGAUCUGCCCUCCCCAUCAUCAUCAUCAUCCUUCGAGCAGCAGCCGCCCCUGGCCCCGCGUGCCCGUCCGGGCCCACACCCAAACUCUAUCCUCGACGCGAACCUUAACCCUCCCAUCGCCCCCGCGCGCCAUCGCCUUCCGGAAGCGCGCCACGGGCUUCGCGCGAGGCGACGGGCGCCGCGCUGA